UGCUUCAAAUAUUAAUUAUUAGUUUUAACUAAUUUAUAAGAUAUUCAAAUGGGAAAUCCUUAACCAUCAUCACAGCUCGAACUUCCUUUCUACUCUACCCAACACUAGUAUCAUUACGGUGUAGACUGUCUCUCUCAUUCACUGUCUUCAUAGAGUGCAGCAAGUGAACUAUACUCAGAAAACACAUUUGGAAGGAGGAAUGGAGAUGGGUGUGUUGGUUUGUGUCUUUUCUCUGGUUUAUGCAGCUACCCUUUUGAGCCCUUGUUCUCUGGCUCUCACCCAAGAUGGGCUAACAUUAUUGGAAAUGAAAAGCACUUUGAAUGACAGUAGAAACCUCCUCAGUAAUUGGCAAUCUUCUGAUGAGAGUCCCUGCCAAUGGACUGGUAUCACUUGUCAUCCCCAAGACCAACAAGUCAGCUCUAUAAACCUACCUUAUAUGCAACUAGGAGGGAUUAUAUCUCCCAGCAUUGGUAAACUGAGUAGAUUGGAGAGACUGGCACUUCACCAGAACAGCUUACAUGGAAUUAUUCCUAAUGAAAUCACCAAUUGUACUGAGCUCAGAGCCGUGUACUUGAGGGCGAAUUAUCUCCAAGGAGGCAUACCAGCGGAUAUUGGAAAUCUUUCUUAUCUCACUAUAUUGGAUUUAUCAAGCAAUUCGUUAAAGGGUGCUAUACCUUCAACUAUUGGCCGUCUAACACAUUUGCGCUUCCUGAACCUGUCCACCAAUUUUUUCUCAGGCGAGAUACCAGAUUUUGGAGCUCUAAGCACAUUUGGGAACAAGUCGUUUAUUGGCAAUCUUGACCUUUGUGGCCGGCAAGUGCAUAGGCCAUGUCGAACAUCAAUGGGAUUCCCUGUUGUGCUACCACAUGCUGAAAGUGAAGAAGCUGCAGUCCCUGGUAAGCGAUCCUCUCAUUACAUCAAAGGAGUGUUGAUUGGCGCAAUGUCUACAACGGGUGUUGCACUUGUUGUUGUCCUUGCUUUGCUCUGGGUUUGGUUACAAUCAAAGAAGGAAAGAGCUGCUAGGAAAUACACAGAAGUCAAAAAGCAAGUUGACAAAGACGCAAGCACAAAGCUUAUUACUUUCCAUGGUGACCUGCCAUACCCAUCAUGUGAGAUCAUAGAAAAGCUGGAAUGUCUUAAUGAAGAGGAUGUUGUGGGGUCGGGUGGAUUUGGUACUGUAUACAGGAUGGUUAUGAAUGAUUGUGGAACAUUUGCUGUUAAAAGGAUUGAUCGGAGUCGUGAAGGAUCAGAUCAAGUAUUUGAGAGGGAGUUAGAGAUCUUGGGUAGCAUCAAGCACAUAAAUCUAGUAAACCUGCGAGGUUACUGCAGACUCCCAGCUUCAAAGCUUCUUAUCUAUGAUUAUUUGGCUAUGGGCAGUUUAGAUGGUUUCUUGCAUGAACAUGGGCCUGAAGAGCAGUUAUUGAACUGGAGUGCUCGUUUGAGAAUAGCUCUUGGUUCAGCCAGGGGUCUGGCAUACUUGCAUCAUGACUGCUCUCCAAAGAUUGUGCAUCGUGACAUAAAGUCCAGCAACAUUCUCCUUGAUGAAAACUUGGAGCCUCGUGUCUCAGACUUUGGUCUUGCCAAGCUUUUGGUUGAUGAGGAUGCCCAUAUCACAACCGUGGUUGCUGGCACUUUUGGCUAUUUAGCACCAGAGUAUUUGCAAAGUGGGAGAGCCACAGAGAAGUCAGAUGUAUAUAGCUUUGGAGUUCUCUUGCUAGAGCUUGUAACUGGGAAGAGACCUACUGAUCCGUCUUUUGUGAAAAGAGGCUUAAAUGUUGUUGGUUGGAUGAAUACACUGUUGAGAGAAAACCGACUGGAAGAUGUAGUGGAUAAAAGGUGCAAAGAUGCAGAUAUUGAAACUGUAGAAGCAGUUCUAGAAAUAGCUGCCAGAUGCACGGAUGCGAUCCCAGAUGAUCGACCAUCAAUGAACCAGGUAGUGCAGUUGCUAGAGCAAGAGGUCAUGUCACCAUGCCCAAGUGAUUUUUACGAGUCCCAGUCAGAUUAUUGUUAAUGACGAUGCAUAUGUAGCAGUCAGCAUGUCGUGAGUGCUAAAUCUAAAGCCAUAAAUUUGGCCAGAAUGUAAUGUUAUUAAGCAUGUUUUGUGAGUGAUUUGCCCCUAUCUGUGGGGCCUGUAUAUUGUAUUCUCGCCAGUGAAUGGAUGUCAUUAUCUGAUUUUGUAUGA